UUUCUUUUAGAAGCUACUAAAGGGUGUUGGGGAUACUUCUGACUAUUAUGAAGGCCAAAAGGCCUGUUGACUGGGGCUGCUUUUAACCCUUUCAUAUUUGCAGAGAAUGCAACCGUGUGACAGUAACUGAACAUUGGGCCAAAGUCUUUCCAAAAGGUCAAGGUUCACAAGAACAUCUGAUCAAAUUCAUGACCAUGGGGGAUAUGAAGACCCCAGACUUUGAUGACCUCCUGGCAGCAUUUGACAUCCCAGAUAUGGUCGAUCCAAAAGCAGCUAUUGAGUCUGCGCACGAUGACCAGGAAAGCCACAUCAAACAGAACGCCCACGGAGACGAGGACUCCCACACCCCGUCCUCCUCUGAUGUGGGCGUCAGCGUUAUCGUCAAGAACGUCCGGAACAUUGAUUCGUCUGAGGGCGCAGAGAAAGACGGCCACAAUCCCACCGGCAACGGCUUACACAACGGGUUUCUCACCACGUCCUCUCUUGACAGUUACGGCAAAGACGGAUCCAAGGCCUUGAAAGGAGAGGCACCUACCUCAGAGGUGACUUUGAAAGACUCCGCGUUCAGCCAGUUUAGCCCCAUCUCAAGUGCGGAAGAGUUUGACGACGACGAGAAGAUAGAAGUGGACGACCCCCCAGACAAAGAGGACGUGCGUUCCGGUUUUCGGUCAAACGUGUUGACAGGGUCGUCGUCUGCCCAGCAGGACUAUGACAAGCCAAAGGCGCCCGGUGGGGACGGCUUGAGCAAAACCGGAAUCUCUCCUGCAGGCAAUUUAGACAAAAACAGAGUUGUUAAGAGAGAAGCGGAAACAAAUUCCAUAAAUCUGAGUGUUUACGAACCUUUUAAAGCCAGAAAAGCAGAGGAUAAGCUGAAGGAAAACUCUGAAAAGGUGCUUGAAAGCCGGGCGCACGACGGGAAGCCAAGCUCGGAGAAGAGCGACCCCGGCCUUGGCGGCGGCGUGCUGUCAAGGUCAAAGCCGUCGUCCAAGCUGUCCUCGUGUAUAGCUGCAAUAGCGGCCCUGAGUGCUAAAAAGGCCGCUUCCGACUCCUGCAAGGAACCGGUGACUGACUCCCGGGGAUCCUCUCCAUUACCUAAAGAAGCGAAUGACAGUCCCAGAGCCAUGGAAAAGUCUCCGGAAUCCCAGAGCCUCAUCGACGGGACGAAGAAAGCGUCCCUGAAGCAGCCGGACAGCCCGCGGAGCAUCUCCAGUGAGAACAGCAGCAAGGGGUCGCCGUCCUCCCCCGCAGGGUCGACCCCCGCAAUCCCCAAAGUCCGCAUCAAAACCAUCAAGACGUCUUCUGGGGAAAUAAAGAGAACAGUGACAAGGGUGUUGCCCGAGGUCGAUCUCGACUCGGGGAAAAAGCCUUCUGAGCAGGCCGGGUCCGUGAUGGCGUCUGUGACGUCUCUCCUGUCCUCUCCGGCUUCGGCGGCCGUCCUCUCCUCCCCGCCCAGAGCACCUCUGCAGUCGGCAGUGGUCACCAACGCGGUCGCCCCUGCAGAGCUGGCCCCCAAACAGGUCACGAUUAAGCCCGUGGCCACUGCCUUCCUCCCGGUGUCCGCCGUGAAGACGGCGGGAUCUCAAGUCAUCAAUUUGAAGCUGGCUAACAACACGACGGUCAAAGCCACGGUCAUAUCUGCUGCCUCGGUUCAGAGCGCCAGCAGCGCCAUCAUCAAAGCCGCCAAUGCCAUCCAGCAGCAAACCGUUGUGGUGCCGGCAUCCAGCCUGGCCAACGCCAAACUCGUGCCAAAGACUGUGCACCUCGCCAACCUUAACCUUCUGCCUCAGGGCGCCCAGGCCACCUCGGAGCUCCGCCAAGUGCUAACCAAACCUCAGCAGCAAAUAAAGCAGGCAAUAAUCAACGCAGCAGCCUCGCAACCUCCCAAAAAGGUGUCUCGAGUCCAGGUGGUGUCCUCCUUGCAGAGUUCCGUGGUGGAAGCUUUCAACAAGGUGCUGAGCAGCGUUAACCCAGUCCCAGUUUACAUCCCCAACCUCAGUCCUCCUGCCAAUGCAGGCAUCACGUUACCGACCCGCGGGUACAAGUGCUUGGAGUGCGGGGACUCCUUUGCCCUCGAAAAGAGCCUGACCCAACACUAUGACCGACGCAGCGUGCGCAUCGAAGUAACGUGUAACCACUGUACAAAGAACCUCGUUUUUUACAACAAGUGCAGUCUCCUUUCCCACGCCCGCGGGCACAAGGAAAAGGGGGUUGUGAUGCAGUGCUCCCACUUGAUUUUAAAGCCAGUCCCAGCUGAUCAAAUGAUUGUCUCUCCGUCAAGCAAUACUUCUACUUUAUCGUCUGCUCUUCCAAGCUCCGUGGGAGCCGGCACACACACUGUAACGAAAAUUCAGUCUGGCAUAACGGGGACAGUCAUAUCCGCUCCCUCAAGCACACCCAUCAUUCCAGCUAUGCCGUUAGAUGAAGACCCAUCCAAGCUCUGCAGGCAUAGUCUGAAAUGUUUGGAGUGUAAUGAAGUUUUCCAGGACGAGACGUCGCUGGCUACACACUUCCAGCAGGCUGCAGAUACGAGUGGACAAAAGACUUGCACUAUCUGCCAGAUGCUGCUUCCUAACCAGUGCAGUUAUGCAUCACACCAGAGAAUCCAUCAGCACAAAUCUCCCUACACCUGCCCCGAGUGUGGGGCCAUCUGCAGGUCGGUGCACUUCCAGAGCCACGUCACCAAGAACUGUCUGCACUACACACGGAGAGUUGGUUUUCGGUGUGUCCAUUGCAAUGUCGUGUACUCUGACGUGGCCGCUCUGAAGUCUCACAUCCAGGGCUCUCACUGUGAAGUCUUCUACAAGUGUCCUAUUUGUCCUAUGGCGUUUAAGUCUGCCCCAAGCACACAUUCCCAUGCCUACACUCAGCAUCCCGGCGUCAAGAUAGGAGAACCAAAAAUAAUAUAUAAGUGUUCCAUGUGCGACACUGUUUUUACCCUGCAAACCCUGCUGUAUCGCCACUUUGACCAACACAUCGAAAACCAGAAGGUGUCUGUUUUCAAGUGUCCAGACUGUUCUCUUUUAUAUGCACAGAAGCAACUCAUGAUGGACCAUAUCAAGUCUAUGCAUGGAACAUUGAAAAGUAUUGAAGGGCCUCCAAACUUGGGUAUAAACUUGCCUUUGAGCAUUAAGCCUGCAACUCAGAAUUCAGCAAAUCAAAACAAAGAGGAUACCAGAUCCCUGAACGGGAAAGAGAAAUUGGAAAAGAAAUCUCCGUCACCUGUGAAGAAAUCCAUGGAACCCAAGAAAGUAGCCAGUCCUGGCUGGACGUGUUGGGAGUGUGACCGCUUGUUCACACAGAGAGAUGUUUACAUUUCCCACGUGAGGAAGGAGCAUGGGAAGCAAAUGAAAAAACACCCUUGCCGCCAGUGUGACAAAUCUUUCAGCUCCUCACACAGCCUGUGCCGUCACAAUCGGAUCAAGCACAAAGGCAUCAGGAAAGUUUAUACCUGCUCGCACUGCCCAGACUCCAGGCGCACCUUUACGAAACGGUUGAUGCUGGAGAAACAUAUCCAACUCAUGCACGGUAUUAAGGAUCCUGACUUGAAAGAAAUGACAGAAGCCACCAAUGAGGAGGAAACAGAAAUAAAAGAAGAUACCAAGGUUCCCAGCCCCAAGCGGAAGUUGGAAGAACCAGUUUUAGAGUUCAGACCUCCCCGAGGGGCAAUUACCCAACCACUGAAAAAGCUGAAGAUCAAUGUUUUCAAGGUUCACAAAUGUGCCGUGUGCGGCUUCACCACUGAAAACCUACUGCAGUUCCACGAACACAUCCCUCAACACAAGUCGGACGGCUCCUCCUACCAGUGCCGGGAGUGUGGCCUCUGCUACACGUCGCACGUGUCCCUGUCCAGGCACCUGUUCAUCGUGCACAAGCUGAAGGAGCCCCAGCCCGUGUCCAAGCAGAACGGGGCCGGGGAAGAGAACCAGCAGGAGAACAAGCCGAGCCCCGAGGACGAGUCGCCCGACGGCGCGGGGUCAGACCGAAAGUGCAAAGUGUGCGCAAAAACGUUUGAAACUGAAGCUGCCUUAAAUGCUCACAUGCGGACACACGGCAUGGCCUUCAUUAAAUCCAAGAGAGCGAGCUCGGCCGAGAAAUAGCCACAGCCCUUCCGUAAGGAAAAUCCCUGUCCACAUUGGAAAAAGAGACAUUUUUGUUACAAAAAGUUUGCAGUAUAAUAGAGUUAACAGUACUGUCUAGGCUGUUGCAAUAUAUUCUCUCUGAGUGUACCUUCACCUCGUCGUGUAUCCUCGAUAAGUAUUAAAACAGUAUUUGAGUUUAAAAGAGUUUGUAUAUAUUUAAAUGAAUAACUUUUUAUACUCUUUGUUACAUGUUUG